AUGGAUCCAUUUUAUAGAUGCAUUUCAUCUGUUACUUCUAUUUCUUCUUCUAACUCAGACUCGUCGUCUGAAUCUUCUUUGUCUCUGAGAAAUUCGGAGAGAAUAAAAGGGCCAUGGAGUGCAGAGGAAGACCAGAUCCUGACACGGAUGGUGGAGCGAUAUGGGGGCAAAAACUGGUCCUUGAUCAGCAAGGACAUAAAGGGUCGGUCGGGGAAAUCUUGUAGGCUGAGGUGGUGCAACCAGCUCAGCCCAACGGUGGAGCACCGCCCAUUUUCCGCGGCGGAGGAUGAGACCAUCUCGGCGGCACAUGCGGAGUACGGCAAUAGAUGGGCCACCAUUGCAAGGUUGCUCCCCGGCCGUACGGAUAAUGCGGUGAAGAACCACUGGAACUCGACAUUGAAAAGAAAAUACCAGCACAAACAAGUACUCGAAAAAUCAACUGAUGGUAUAAAAAAUGUAGCUUCUGGGUCUAGAAUGGGUUCUGUGAGUGACGACUUUGGUGAAGAAUAUGAUCCGAUGACAACAUUGUCCUUGGCGCCGCCGGGGGUUGGACGGUGA